CUCGUUAUUAUUAUUAUUUUAGCUUCGCGCGUAGCAUCAUCAUCUUGUGUGUGUGUAUCGCAUUAUUGCCCCCCUUCUCUCGGCUAUACGCAUGUGCAAUAGUUAUGUAUCUCUUUAAUACAAUAUUCUGCUAGUUAUGUUACAUUUCGAGAAGAUUAUAAGAAAUAAAUAUAAAUCUGCACGAUGUAUCUCUCUGCGUGCAAAAGUUCAAUAGAGUCAUGUUCCCGUCUGUCAGUCGUUUUUAUAGUGCCGCCGUCGUCGAGCGAUCGUAAAAAAAUCAUCACGAUGAUUCACUUCGCUGGACUGACUUUGCCGCUGCUCGCGGCGACGAUGAUGAUCGCCAUUCAAGCGGCCCAUGGCAAGCUCGACGAGGACGUCUACGAGACCAAGCACAUCGCGGUGGUCUUCAGGCACGCCGAUCGGGCGCCCGACCCGGUCGAGCUCUUCCCCAGCGAUCCGCACUACGAGAGCGAGUUCUUCCCCUACGGACUCGGCGGGCUCACGAAUCGCGGCAAGAUGCGCGAGUACGGGCUCGGCCUGUUUCUGCGCGAGAAGUACGACGAGUUCCUCGGCCAGCUGUAUCGGCCCAAGGCCGUGUUCGCCCGGAGCACCGAUUAUCCCCGCACGAAGAUGUGUCUGCAGCUGGUGCUGUCGGGCCUGUUCCCGCCCCAGGCCGAGCAGGUCUGGAACAAGAAUCUGCCCUGGCAGCCGAUACCCACGGUGUACGAGGCGCCGAAACGCGACUGGCUGAUGAUACCCGAGGAGUGCCCGGAGUAUCUGCACGAACGCAACAAGAUCCAGUGCGCCAUGUCGAAGGAGCUCAAGGGCUACGACGAGUUCCUGGAGAAGCUGACCUCGCUCACGGGCAAGGACAUGACCGGCCACAAUCUCACCGAGGUCUACAAUCUCUAUCACAUCCUGACGGCGGAGACCCACCUGGGUCUGCCGAUCGCCGACUGGGCCAAGGAUUACUAUCCGCACGGCAAGAUACUCGAGGUGACCAACAAGUGGUACGAGAUGUUCAGCAAGACGAAUCGCAUGCGUCGCCUGAACGGCGGCAAGCUGCUGCGUCAGAUCAUCGACCACAUGGAUGCGAAGAUCGCCGGAGGCGACAGGGCCUACAACGUCUCGCUGUUCAGCGGCCACGAGACCAACGUGGCGGCCGUGCUCCAGGUGCUGGGCAUCUACUAUCCCCACGUGCCGGCCUACAGCAGCGCCGUGAUAAUCGAGCUGAAGCGUAAAGUCGACACGGGCGAGCACUACGUCGAGGUCAUCUACAGACGCGGCAUCCCCAACGACCACGAGACCGUGCCCAUACCCGGCUGCGACCCGAUCUGUCCGUACGACAAGUUCGUCGGGCUGCUGGAGCACGUCACCCCGACGACCCAGGAGCUGGCCUGCGACAAGGACGCGCCCUUCGAGACCAACGAGGUCGAGCAUGUUUGUUGAAAAUAAUUAGAAAUUGAGCGAUUGUAUUAGGGAGUGAAUGUUGAUGUACUAUUUGAUUAGUUCCUGGAUGAUUGGUAGUGAGUAUAUAGAUACUUUUAAAUUUAAACGAAAUAACGACAAUUGUGAUCAUGUAAAAACUAUAAUUUUUAUGUAAAGUAAUAAUAUCUGUAGAUAUCGUAUAGCAAAUAUUUUAAAACAUUUGGAUAACUUGACAAAAAUAUCGCAACUUUUAGA